UUUUGAGCACGCUGAGGUUCAAGGAUAACAGGAUUUGUAGUCUCAGUGGUGACCACGCUCAGUUACGUUCCAGCUGCAGGAAACUAAUCUACUGCCCAUCCGUGGUCAUGGCCGAACCAGGAAAACAGCACCAACAAGAAGGAGUAUACCGACAGUUGGAUCCAGACCAGAGAAGUCAGAAUAUUAAUACAUUUAGUAUGCCUCUGACAUCAACCCAACCAUUAACUGUGGAGCAACCACCGCUUUUACAAGAAUUUCGACAAGAGGAUCCAGAUUUGAAAAGUCAGGAUAUCAAUGAGCUCCCUAUAUCAACCCAACCAUUACCAACGAUUUUACAAGUAUCUCAACAGGAGGAUGUAGACUUGAAAAGUCAGGAUAUCAGUGUGCCCCCUAUAUCAACCCAACCAUUACCUACGGUGCAGCCACAUCUCUUACAAGAUGACUGGAACAGUUUGCCUAUGCAGGUCCAGAACAGUUACUGCCCUCCAGGUCUGGAGUAUCUCACUUCCGUAGACCAGCUGCUGGUACACCAGAAAGUAGAACUGUGUGAAGCUCUCAUAGGUUAUGAAACCUGUAACAAAUUUGUAAUAAAGAACAGUCUGGGACAGCAAGUAUUCUACGCUGCAGAAGAAUCAGACUGUUGUUCCAGAAACUUCUGCGGCCCAUUGCGAGAAUUUAGAAUGACGAUCUUGGACAACUUCAAUCAAGAAGUGAUGAGUAUGGAUCGCCCUUUCGGCUGUGGUCCAUGCUGUUUUCCUUGCUGUCUUCAGGAGAUUAAAGUUUACGCCCCGCCCGGGUGCUUGGCGGGCACAGUGAAGCAGAACUGGACCCUCUGGAAGCCUUCGUUCCAAAUAAAGAAUGCUGAAGGAGAGACCGUUUUGACGAUCGAAGGCCCCUGUUGGAUGUGCAGUUGUUACCACGAUGUAAAUUACAAGGUACUGAGCAACGAAAAAGAAAUAGUGGGCAAGAUAACGAAGCAGUGGGGCGGCCUGCUACGGGAGGCUUUCACAGAUUCUGAUAACUUCUGCAUCUCUUUCCCCAUGGACCUGGAUGUCAGGAUAAAGGCUGUAAUGCUCGGAGCCUGUGUACUAAUAGAUAUGAUGUAUUAUGAAAGUCCCAAUAAUUCCGCUUUAAGCUAGAGCAAAUUUUAUACUCAGCUGCUAUUCAGACAUGCAUGGAAAUGCAAACUUUUACAACCAGGGGAUCCAAGAAGAUCUUCAAGAAAUAUAAACAAAUUUUAUCUGCUUCAUGUUGUAUUUCUUUUAAUAUCAUAUAUUUUAUCAAAUAAAAAUAACUAUAACUUUAUAAAUAUUUCUCUCUUUGUGAA